AUGUUGAAGAAAGGAAGGAGCGAUUCUUUUGGAACUUUUGCUGAUCGAAUAAAGCAAGUAUUAAAUAAUGUGACAAUUGAAGCUAAUGCCCAUGCAAGAGAAAAAUUUCUAAGUGAUUUACGCAAAGUUAGAGAUAUUGAUUCGCAUAGAGAACAAUGCAAAUUUCUUGAACGAAUGAGGACGAGGCUGGAUAAUCCUGAUGUUCUCUCUGUUGAUACUGUUCAUCAAUUCCUUCUUUGUUUGCGCGAUACACAAGACUAUGAUGGAAUUAUAGGUAUGAUAGAUGAUUUGGAACGUAUUGACCAAAAACAAAUAACACAUGCACAGGCAGUCCGUUUUCUUUAUGCAUUUGCUUUAAAUAGAAGAAAUAAAAAUGGGGAUCGAGAUAAAGCACUCACAACAGUCGAACAAAUUAUGGACUCUUCUGGUAAUCAAAUGGUUUCGCCUGAUGUAAUUUGUUUGGCUGGUCGUGUUUACAAAGAUAAAUUUAUUUCUAGUGGUUAUGAAGAUAAACAAGCGUUGGAUAAAGCAAUUGAAUGGUAUCGAAAGGCUUUCAAUCUUUCUCCGCUGGAAUAUAGUGGAAUUAAUUUAACAACAAUGCUUCGAGCACGUGGUGAAACCUUUGAAAAUUCUCCAGAAUUACAACAAAUUGGUUUAGUUUUGAAUAGCUUACUUGGCCGAAAAGGAGCACUCGCUAAUUUGACAGAUUAUUGGGAUGUUGCUACAUUUUUUGAAGUGUCAGUGUUAGCAGAGGAUUACAAUAAGGCCUGUCAAGCAGCUGAGAAAAUGGCUAUGUUGAAACCACCUGUUUGGUUUCUCAAAUCUACAAUGGAAAAUAUUAAAUUAAUUAAUCGGUGUACUGCUACAUUGCAACUUUCACCAGUUGAACGUGACAAAAAGACAUUUCUUUUUUGGACAGAAUUUUUUAUGGAAGCAAUAGAUUCUCAAAAACCUCCAAUAAAUCAAUCCAAAAAACGUGAAAAUGUAGAUACAGAUGAUAAUGAGGAAGAGGAUGAUGAUGAAGCGACAGAAGAAGAAUUAGUUUCUACAAGUACUCGUUUCCCUGUUCUUAUUCAGGAAUUGAACAAAACGUUGACUCCAAGCUAUUUGAAUGUUAAUAGGGAUAAUAUCAUUCUCUACCACGUACUAAAAGAAAGUCAGAAAAAGCGUGAAGAUCUUAAUUUAACUGAUGGUGUUCAUCGUUGGGAAUUUAAAGCGAAUAAUAUAAAAGCUGUUAGUGCAUCAAAACGUGACGAUAGAAUGAUAACUCAAAUUCUUGCAAUGGAUGGUGGGGCUGAACGUAAUAUUCUUGCAAGUGUCGAAACUGAUUCACUCAAAUUUGAAUAUGAAGUUGACAGUAAUCGUGAAAAAAUUGUUUUGGGACGAGGAACUUAUGGAAUUGUUUAUGCAGCAAGAGAUGUAACAUCUCAACGGUCUAUAGUUGUUAAAGAAAUUGAAGUGAAAAAUGAAGAAGAGGUGCAGCCUCUUAUGGAAGAAAUACAGUUACAUUCUACUUUGUCUCAUGACAAUAUUGUCAAGUAUUUGGGGUCAAAAUUGGAUAAACGUGAAUCUGGAAGUUUUUUUCUCAUUUUUAUGGAGCAAGUUCCUGGAGGCAGUCUAAGUUCGCUAAUUCGCUCAAAAUGGGGUCCUCUUGAUAAUCUUCAAACAAUGGCCAUUUAUGCUCGUCAAAUUCUUGAAGGAUUGAAAUAUUUACAUUCUCAAAAAAUUGUUCAUCGGGAUAUUAAAGGAGAAAAUGUUUUGGUUAACACCUAUUCUGGAUUGUGCAAAAUUUCUGAUUUUGGUACCUGCAAACGUCUUGCUGGUCUAAAUCCAGUGACUGACACGUUCAAGGGAACGUUGCAAUAUAUGGCUCCUGAAGUGAUUACUGGUGGUCAAAGGGGUUACGGACCAGCUGCUGAUAUUUGGAGUUUUGGUGCAACUCUAAUUGAAAUGGUUACUGGCAAGCCACCAUUCAUUGAAUUGGGCAUUCCUGAAGCUGCUGUCUUCAAAGUUGGUAUGCAUGGAAUGCAUCCACCAAUACCUGAACAUUUGGGGGAAUUGGCAACAAAUUUUAUUAAAAGGCAAAAAACAUCUUUAUCAAUUUUAGACUUAUUUUUUUAGUUGUUUCAAACCAGACC